AUGCGGUCGAACACGCUGCUCGCGCUCGCCGGCCUUGCGAGCUACACUCUCGCUAUCCCCACCGGCAUAGACCCUCGCCACUCCGGCCUCGCCCAGGGCUUGAUCAACACAAUCACCGAUAUUCUCAAGGGCCACAGCCCUGUAGACAUCCUCGGUGGCAUUAGCGCUCACGCUGCUGCUGCCCUCAAUGGCGGUGCUUUGGGUUGUGCUGCUGGAUCCAUUGACCUCAGCUACCGACAGGAGCUUGCUGCAUGGAUCCGUACCGGUGCUGGUAUUCACCUAGAUGCGUCCCUGAAGACCUCGCUGCUGAGCUGGUGUGGUGGUGACGAUUCAGUCACCUUGUCCGUGGAUGCCUGCUCUGGGCUCUCCGUCUUCAUUCCCACCUGCGCUAGCAUUGCUGCCGAGGCCGACCUCUAUGUGAACUUGGAUGGUGUUUUCUCUCUGGUUGACAAUGCCUUCGGCGUUCUUAGCGUCUCUGCUCAGACUCUCCUCUCGAGCUCCCUCGCUGCCAUUGGAGAGCUCGAUGUGAACGUCAAGGCUGGUCUUGAAUUCUGUGCCGCUGGUGGUGUUGUCUCUGACCUCUCUGUGGACAUUCUCGCCGCGCUGAAGGUCUGGCUGUCCGGCAGUGAAUGUCAGCUCUCCGCCACCCUCCAGGCGACCGUGCUAUCGUGGUGCGAAGGUCACAUUGGAGGUGAUAUCGUGUCCCUCAAUACCCUGCCCCAUGGUGGUUUGGUUUCUCUUUCGGUUGGUGCUGCUGUGCUGGGCCUUGUUGAAGAGUCCGGCGCCCUGGUUGCCAGCGCCCAAGCUUCCCUUUCUGCUUUCCUCGAAACUGAGUUCGGGUUGGACAUUGAGGCUGAUCUCAAGGUUAUCCUCGAGGGAUGUGCUAAGGGAGAGCUUGCUACCUCAUUCGGCUACGAGGCUCGUGCUGCUCUUUCUGCUUGGCUUGCUAGCUCCAGCUGCAGUCUUACUGUUGAACUAAACGCUAUGGUUGUGUUCUGGCUUUCGUUCGGUGUCUCUGCUGGUGCUGAAGUCUCGCUGGGCACCAAUAUUAUUGCUGAUCUCUCCUCCUUCCUUGUUGGAACCGUUGAAUCUCUGCUCGGCUCUCAGCUCCACGGUCUCAUCUCUCUUCUGCUCUCCGGAGAGGGUCUGCUUUCUAUCUCCCUGGAAGCUCGUGCUCAGUUGGCUGCUAUUUGCGGUGGCGCGGCUGGUAUUGAUAUCGACGCCUCUAUCCAGAUCAUUCUCAUCGGAUGGCUUACUGGCUGCCGCGAGUGCUGCAUUCCUUCCGGGUCCUUGACCACUGGAACUAUGAUCCCUAGCACUGUUUCUGUUCCUGGAUUUCCUUCCGGGUCCUUGACCACUGGAACUAUGAUCCCUAGCACUGUUUCUGUUCCUGGAGUUCCUUCCGGGUCCUUGACCACUGGAACUAUGAUCCCUAGCACUGUUUCUGUUCCUGGAUUUCCUUCCGGGUCCUUGACCACUGGAACUAUGAUCCCUAGCACUGUUUCUGUUCCUGGAGCUCCUUCCGAGUCCCUUACCACUGAGACUGUGAUUCCUACCCCCAUCUCGGUCCCCUCAGCCACUGGUGCUACCGAGACUAGCACUCCCUGCGACACUAUUACUAGCGAGACGGUCAUCUCUAGCACCAUCUCUGUCCCCGGUGUCUCUACCACCUCCGUUCCAGCAGGAACUCCCUCCGGCUCUAGUCCUACGGAGACUGGCGCUCCUUCCGAGUCUCUUACCACUCAGACUACGGUUACGGUUACCGCUACUGCUACUGUUAGUGUUUCUUACUGCGCUACCACCAACUAGGUAGGGCUGGGCGGCGGCGACCAGGGACCCAAACCUAACGAGACGAUCGCAAUGGCACCACAGCUCGGUAUUUUCACUGUACAUAUUUAAUUUUAAUUCUAAUUCAUUGGCAAUGUCGAGCAAAGCUUCAUCCAGGGCUUUUUUUUUACCCAGACACAUACACAGGAAGAAAAGGGGAG